GCUGCCCCUCCCAAACAGCGUCCUGUCGAUCACACCAAUAUGAGUGUGGAGGCUGCCCCUCCCAAACAGUGUCCUGUUGAUCACACCAAGAUGAGUGCUGAGGCUACCCCACCCCAGAAGGCCCAUCACAUUCCCCCGGGUACUGUCAUCCCCUCCGAGUGCCCAAUGCAUCAGAAUAACCAGGAGCAGCAGACAUCUCAGGCAUUCCCGAGUGAGUGUCCAAUGAGUGGCAACCCAGAUGCCGAGUGGCCUGUACACCAGGCAGGCAUGCAUUUAGGCAAAGAGUAUGCAGGCAAGUAUGUGGACAUCAACCCCCUCAACAUGGAGUCCUACCCGAACCAAAAGCCGGCUGACCAGCCCUUCGAGUUACCCACUGAGAGACAGGUGUCAACUAUCCCGAAAGCAGGUUCAGAUUCCGAGCACUGGGUGUACCCUUCCCCACAGAUGUUCUGGAAUGCCAUGCUGAGGAAGGGCUGGAGGUGGAAGGAUGAUGACCUCUCACAGAAAGACAUGCAACACAUCAUCAGCAUUCACAAUGUCAACAAUGAAUUGGCUUGGCAAGAGGUCCUAAAGUGGGAAUCCCUCCACAAAAAUGAGUGUGGGAACCCCAAGCUGAAGCGUUUUGGUGGCAAGGCAUCGGACUACUCUCCCCGGGCUCGCAUGAGGAGUUGGUUGGGAUAUGAGCUGCCUUUUGACCGCCAUGAUUGGAUUGUCGACCGCUGUGGCAAGGAAGUACGCUAUAUCAUUGACUACUAUGAUGGAGGUGACGUGAAUCCUGAGGACUAUAAGUUUGCAAUCCUAGAUGUCCGGCCAGCAAUGGACUCUUGGGAGAACAUCUGGGACAGGAUGGUGGUUGCUUGGUGGCGCUGGACAAGAAGUUAGACUGAAGUUUUGAGAAAGAGAGAGAAACGUAAAUUUUUUUUUGUAAUUUUUAUAGUCUCUCUCUCUUAAUAACUAGGUUUAUUUAUAUCAGAAAGCAAAUGGAGUGAAGUGUUUUUUUUGUUUUUUUUUAAUAAUGGAAUGAUUGAGACUAAUAGGGAUUUUGACUUUCAUAGUACUGGGUAUAUUCAUACUUGCAGUGUAAACUUUAUUUCUAUAUCUUUAUCUUAGUAAAGAUCAUCCAGAAAAAUUAUUCAAGUACAAAAUUUAAGUUUAGUACUUAAUAUGAAAAUUAUGUAGUCUAAAGGUUUUGAUGAUUAAGUGUGUUCACUAAUAUGUGAGUAAAAGAUCUGGUAUGUAAGUCGUAAUGAAUUUACAUGGGUUUUAUGCUUAUAGCUAUAUUAAAACUGCUUACUGUGUCUCACAUGACAAGUAGGAAUUUGAAAGAAAAUGCUCACAUAUGAAGCAUUUCAGAAGAAUAUGUACCUCCCAAGUUUUUUUUCCUUAUUUUUUCUCGGUUUACCUUGUUAUUUAUGCCUAAUGUACUUGAUUACAGUCAUACAAAUUAAAAGCCAAAUAAAGAGUUGUAGUUGAAUUCUUGUUAAUAGAUAUGUGUAUAUACAGUGUACAGAUUUAACUGUUAAGUAAAGUUUUAAAUUUC